GGACAAAACAGCCGACGCAUCACAUUUCUGACACCAGUUGGUGGGUUUUACCUUGAAGGACACGUAUUUUCAAAUCAUUCUGUGGAACUAAACCUAGACUGCCAAGACCAAUGCGCUCUUGCGAGGGAAUGUGUUUCAUAUAAUAUUGGUCCAAAGAUCAACAACAAGAUGGCCUGUGAACUCAGUAAUUCAGAUGACUUUCAGCACCCAGAAGAUCUCAAACCAAGAAAGGACUGGAUUUACAGAGGGACAAAGGUAUGAUCUGUAAAUUUUUAAUGUAUAUAACUUUAUUUCUUGUAAAUAAAAAGAUUGUUGUUGUUGAAAAUAAUGUUGUCAAGUCAAGAUGAAUUUUGAACCAUUUCCACUAUCAUGUAGUGGUUGAUUUAUGAUAAUUCCAAGCUUCUGAUGAUAAAGAUGAUAAAAAUGUCGGUCUCGGCGGUAUAUGCAGUUUCCUAUAAUUUAUUUUAAAUUCUAAAUCUCCUCUUUGGAUUGGCUGCAAUCCGCCCUUUAAAUUUUCAUAAUUACACUUUAAUUUAAAAACCUGGAUGAUUUAUGUCCAUUUUUCCGCUUUAUGUAAUUAUGUGUUUGUAUUAUUGGACGCUUGACGACGGUCGCCUAACUUACCAAAAAAAAAAUAUUAAAUAACGUUGCACACCAAAAAGAGAACAGUUUUGGGAGUAAAGAAAAGAGUUCAAAACUUAAGGCACUAAAAGAAGAUGCAAUUGAACUUCCAUUAAGUGCCCAUUAUUAUUAUUAUCGACUUUCGGUUUUUGUUUUCGCGCCUUUUUGGACUGCCGGUCGCGCGGGAUAUCUUUUCGGUCCAAAAGCGGUAUUUUUUUUGCCUUUCGUUUACGUUUGAGUUAAAAUUAUUGCAUAAUUCCAUCGAAAGAAUAACGGAAAGGUUUAAAUAGGAAUAGGAUUACUCGUAGUUCAUCAUAGCCUAGGAGAAGCUGAUUUAAAUAAAAAUUCAUUGAAGCUGCGUUUCUUUUAACAGAAUCUUUGUGCAAGUCAGCCUUGCCUGAACAACGGAACGUGCUACAUGGGAUAUACUGAGAAGAACUACGUUUGCGCUUGCACAGCUGGUUUCAAAGGUGAAAACUGCGAACAAGGUACUCUCAUCCCAUUGUUGUCACCUCUAUUAAGCGGCCAUCAGGCACUUGACCGACUAUUUUUUGUAAGUUUAGCUUUAUUUCAAGAAUAUGAUAAAGGAAAACAGUCCAAGAUAAAAGUUGACGACCGAUUGUGGACCAGUAAUGCUGGCCCCGUCGCGUGUUUUUUUUUUUUUUUUUAAUAAGGUAAUAUUUCUGCUAAAGAUUAUGCUAAUUUAUGACGAGUGACUAACUUCUAAGUCACGCGUCUUUCAUAUUGCAUUAAAGUGAUAAGGAUUCGAAAUGCUGUCGCUGCAUUCGUGUUUUCCAGUUUACAGUAGUUGUGCUGAGGUCUAUGAAGCCGGUUUGCGAACCAGUGGUGUCUACACUAUCGACCCUGAUAAUACUGGAGCCUUUGAUGUUUAUUGUGACCAAACAACGGCCGGUGGGGGAUGGACUGUGUUCCAAAAGAGACUGGACGGCUCGGUAGAUUUCUAUCGCGGCUGGGACGACUACAAAAGAGGCUUUGGAAAUCUGAAUGGUGAAUUUUGGCUCGGACUAGAAAAGAUUCACCGACUGACAAAAGAACAAAGAAGGCUUCGGGUAGACCUGGAAGACUUCGAAAACCAAACAGCUUACGCUGAAUACGACUCCUUCGGUGUUGGUGAUGAACAGAGCAAGUACAAGCUG